UGUUCUCAGCCGAGUAAACCGCACUCACUCUCUCUCUGAGCUCUUAGUUGUCUUUCUCGCAAGAGAAAAAGUCCAAGUAACUUCGAUGGUGAACGCCGUGAAAGUCUUCAAGAAAACCGCCCCUAAUGGUAAGAUCACUGUCUACCUAGGCCGCAGAGACUUCGUCGAUACCACCGUUAACACCGAGCCUAUCGAUGGUGUCCUAAUCGUCGACAAUGACUACCUCCGUGGCCGCCGUGUGUUCGCCACGGUCAAUGUCACCUACCGCUUUGGCCGCGAGGAGGAUGAGGUCAUGGGCCUCAACUUCAGCAAAGAGCUGACCCUCCUGAGCGAGCAGAUCUACCCCAGCAAGUCCUCCGCCGAACCAACUGCCGUCCAGGACAGGCUCAUCAAGAAGCUUGGUGGCAAUGCCUUUCCAUUCUCCGUCGAUCUCCCAGCCGACGCCCCCACCUCUGUCCAGCUCCACACUGGAGAUGAGGAAUCCGUCAAGCCCCUUGGCGUCAUCUACGAACUGCUCGUGUACGCCGGGGACAAGGCUGAUGAGCGCCCCCACAAGCGCAACUCCGUGACCCUCGCCGUCAGGAAGAUCCAGUACGCUCCCUUCAUCAGCUCCAGGCGCCAGCCAAGCACCCUCGUGUCCAAGGGCUUCGCUCUGUCCUCCGGCAAGCUCAACAUGGAGGUCACCCUUGACAAGGAGUUGUACUACCACGGUGAGGCUGUCAAGGCCACCCUCAGCAUCAACAACAGCAGCAAGAAGACUGUGAAGAGCAUGAAGUGCGCUGUGAUCCAGCACGUUGAGCUGACCAUGACCAACAACCAGUUCACCCGUGAGGUGGCCUCCCUGGAGUCCAAAGAAGGUUGCCCCAUCACCCCUGGAAGCAACCUCCACAAGACCUUCAGCAUCACCCCUCUUGCCUCUUCUAACAAGAGCAAGUACGGUCUCGCUCUUGACGGCAAGCUGAAGGACACCGAUGCCAACUUGGCCUCUUCCACCCUGGUUGGUGAGGGCAAGAAUGCCUGUGAUGCCAACGGUAUCGUCGUCUGUUACUCCCUCCGCGUCAAGCUCAACUGCGGUGCCAUUGGAGGUGAACUGAAUGCUGACCUGCCCUUCAAGCUGGUCCACCCUGCUCCUGGUGCCCCCACCGGCGAAGACGUCGACAUCGAGGAAUUCGCACGCAUGCGCCGUGGCCAGAGCAUCGACAUGAACUAAAAAGGUGCUUUCUAGCAUUAACUACCAAUGUUGCCUUCACGACUCUUCUCAUGAUGGCGAAUGUCUUCUCUUCUUUCUCCGACACUUGCUUGCUUUCUGCUUCGACUGUUUACUACUCUUCAUUCUCCUCUCGUUCUGCUUCUUCUUCUUUUUCUCUUCUUCCUCUUAUUCGCAUUCCUCCUCUCGUUUUUUUUGCAUAAUCGGACGAACGAUUCGGCGGGAUUAUUCGAAACGAAAGUAUUGGCGAUGUUGUGGUGCUCGUCGCUUCUUCGUCGGUUUUGCUUUACUUGAAUAAAUUAGAAACAAAGAAAAACAACAACUGAGAUGCAGCACUGCCUGACGUUCCUGUUGUUGAAUUCCAAACCUCGCUUAAAAAGUUAUAAAGCUUUGAAAAUUUUUUUUCAGUUAUUUAAUUUAUUUUAUGAAAGGAGAUCAUUGGGUGUCACUAGAAGGUUCUUUUUGUCAUGAGAUGCUUUUGUUGUGAUAUUUAGGUUAUUAAUGUUAUAUUCAGUUGGUUGUGGUAAUUUCAUUAUAUUUUCUAUUCAUUUAGGCUUUAGUCAUCUGUGUGUUAACGUACUAAUAUCUGUUUAUUGUAUUAUAUCAUAUGUUGAGUAUUUUAACUGCAACUUAAUGUGUAGGUACUAACUAACUAUCUUGGCAAUGCUUCAGUUAUAUUAAUUGGAAUACAUCUAAUUUUAUUCUAAUAAAAACAGCUAAAUUAU